AGAGUGUGAAGAUCCCCAUGGACGGGCUGGGGUGCACUGGGCAGAAUUGGGGUGCAAAGUUUGUUUAGGGUUUGGGGGGCACAGGGGCGAUCUGGGUGCGGGGAGGUUCUGUGGGAGCUCCACUUGGUUUUGGUUUCGGUUCUAGUUCUGAGCCGGGGCUCCCGGGGGAUCCCCGAGCCGGGCGGUUUGGCUCGGCUCGGCUCGGCUCUGUUUUCCCCAGCGCGGCCAGCGUGCCCCCCCCUUGCUGUUCCUUCCCCAUGCCCCGCCCGCCGGUCUCGGCACCGCCUCCAGUUUCGUUUCCCGGCGGCUGCGGCGGCUCCGGGACGCGGAGCGGUGGGGAAUGGAGCUCCGGGAGUACCAGCGGGAGGCGGCGGCCCCGGCCCUGCGCGGCCGCAACAGCAUCGUGUGGCUGCCCACGGGCGCCGGCAAGACCCGCGUGGCCGUCCACGUCUGCCGGCAGCACCUGGAGAGCCGCAGGGGCGGCAAGGUGGCCGUGCUUGUCAACAAGGUGCACCUGGUGGACCAGCACACCGAGAAGGAGUUCCACGCGCUGCAGGACACCUUCAAGGUGUCAUCCAUCAGUGGGGACACCAGCCACAAAACCUUUUUUGCCGACCUGGUGAAGAAGAGCGACGUUGUCAUCUGCACAGCCCAGAUUCUGCAGAACGCCCUGGUGAGCACGGAGGAGGACGUGCACGUGGAGCUGACAGAUUUCUCGAUGCUGGUGAUAGACGAGUGCCACCACACACACAAGGACGCCGUCUACAACAAGAUCAUGCUGAGAUACCUCCAGCGCAAGCUCAGUGGGGAGCAGGACCUGCCACAGGUCCUGGGGCUGACGGCAUCCCCUGGCACUGGAGGGGCAACAUCCUUUGAGGGGGCCGUAGAGCACAUCCUGCAGGUGAGCACCAUGUGCUGCAUUGUCCUGGGCAGCUGGGCUCAGGAUGGAAGCAGGGUCUUCCCCUCUCAGAUCUGUGCCAACCUGGACACUGAGAAGAUCACAUCGGGGCAGAACGAGUCGCAGCACCUGCAGAGCCACGUUCCCCUACCCAAGAAGCAGUAUGACCUGUGCCAGGAGAGAUCACAGGACCCCUUUGGUGAGCAGCUGAAGAAGAUGAUGGUGCAGAUCCAGCAGUUCAUGGAGAAGCCGUAUUUCUCGCGGGACUUUGGCACGCAGAUUUAUGAGCAGCGCAUUGUGGAGCUGGAGAAGAGAGCUGCAGAGAUGUUUUGUCGCAAGACGCGGGUGUGCGCCCUGCACCUGCGCAAGUACAACGACGCUUUGCUGAUCAACGACACCGUGAGGAUGGUGGACGCCUUCCAGUGCCUCCAGCAGUUCUACAGCUCUGAGAGGGAUAAGAAGGACCCUACUGAACAGUUCCUCACCGCCACGUUUGAGGAGAACAGGGCGAGCCUGCAGGCACUUGCUGGGGAUCACCGCUAUGAGAACCCCAGGCUGGCCAAGCUGGAGGGGAUCCUGCGUGAGCACUUUCAGCCCCUGGGCACUUCUCGUGGCAUUGUCUUCACCAAGACAAGGCAGAGUGCCCACAGCCUGCUCAGCUGGCUGCAGAGCACAGCCACGCUCUGUGGGCAGCACAUCAGGGCUGCCGUCCUCACUGGUGCUGGCUACAGCAACCAGACCAGGCACAUGACACAGAAUGAGCAGCAGGAUGUGAUCAAGCAGUUCCGUCAGGGAGCCCUCAACCUGCUCUUCUCCACCAGUGUGGCCGAGGAGGGCCUGGACAUCCCCGAGUGCAACAUCGUGGUCCGCUAUGGGCUGAUGACCAAUGAGAUUGCCAUGAUGCAGGCCCGGGGCCGUGCCCGUGCUGAGAACAGUGUCUACUCUGUCCUUGCCAAAGCCAACACCAGAGAGGUGACCCGAGAGCUGCUCAAUGAGGACCUGGUGGAGCUCAUGAAGAAGGCGAUUCAGGCAGUGCAAGCCAUGCCUGAGCAGGAAUACUUCCAAAAGAUCCAGGAGCUGCAGCGGGUGGCCGUGGCCAGCUGGCUGAUGAAGGAGGCCAGGAUCAGCGAGCGGCGGCAGCUGCACGAGGCGGCCGCCGUCCGCCUGUACUGCAUCAACUGCAGCAGGGCCGUGUGCCGCGGCAGCGACAUCCGCACCGUGGAGGGCAUGCACCACGUCAACGUCAACCCCAAAUUCGGGUCGUAUUACAGAGUUUCCUCUGGGAAAAUACAGUUCCAGAGGACUUUCAAGGACUGGGAGCCCGGCUGCCGUAUUUCCUGCAAAGACUGCAGCCAGGACUGGGGGAUGGAGAUGCUGUACCGCCAGGUGAAGCUGCCUGUCCUCUGCAUCAAAAACUUUGUGGUGGAGACACCAGCAGAGAAGAGGAGGUACAAGAAGUGGGGGGCUGUGACAUUUCCCAUUGAGGCGUUUGACUACGUGGAGUACUGCUCUGGCACCUACGGCCUGUCCUUCUAGCAGGAGCUCUGUUCAGAAGAGGAUCAUUCACAGGGUAUUUUCAAGGUGCUACCUGAAAAGGGGAGGCUUCCUCAACCCUUGGACAGAGAGCCACGGCUCACUUCUCUCUUCCUUGCUGAUCUGGGCCCCAGCUGGAGCCCAUGGCUGCUGAAGGAACUUUGCUGCACCCAUGUAGAAAGGAUGAGACUCUAGGAUUGAAAACCACCCAAACCCUUCCUUGCUCCCCUUGCUGCUGCCUUCUCCUCCACAACCCUGCCAGGAGAACCAUCAUUGCUGUGGGUCCAGGACACUCUGAUUUACGAACUUGACGGGUCUCCAUUAAAACACACAUUUUAUACUGAA